CUGUGUCAACCACAGUGACACCGGUCGUGGUGACCAGCCUACAGCUGCAAACGUGCCUCCGUUAUUCUAAUUAAUAACGGUAAAAUCUAAAACUAACCACCCACAGAGAGGUGCUGUCUGUCGGCUUGGAGCGCCGUCACUGCCCCUCCGACUGUCCGCGGCUCUCGUCCUUUAAUCGGCCAGCCCCAUUGUGGAUCUUUAGCCCCUCCGUCAGGACAGUGGCAGAGGCAGAGCCAGAGCCAUCGGGGACCAGACCAGCAGGCAGCAGGGCUCCAUGAGCACGACGGGGCAGCAGCAAGGGGGGGGCCUGCGUUCCCGCCGAGGCCUUGGCCGGGACAAGGACCCUGGGCAGGGCAUGGGCAUGGAGGCGGCCUGCUGGCUUGCCCCUGGAGUGCUGCGCAGGCUGAUUGAGCUGCCCUCACCCCCCCUGUCCCGACACCAACUUAAGAGACUGGAAGAGCACAGGUACAGCAGUGCUGGACGCUCCCUGCUGGAGCCUCUGAUGCAGCGUUACUGGGAAUGGUUGGUGGGACGAGUCCCCGCCUGGAUCGCCCCCAACCUCAUUACCAUCAUCGGCCUGGCCACCAAUGUCUUCACCACCCUUGUGCUCGUCUACUACUGCCCAACUGCCACUGAACAGGCUCCUCUCUGGGCGUACCUGCUGUGUGCCGUGGGUCUGUUUGUCUACCAGUCAUUGGACGCCAUUGACGGGAAGCAGGCCAGACGCACCAAUAGCAGCUCUCCGCUGGGUGAGCUGUUUGACCACGGCUGCGACUCCCUCUCCACCGUGUUUGUGGUGUUGGGAACCAGUAUAGCAGUGCAACUGGGCACCAACCCGGACUGGAUGUUCUUCUGCUGCUUUGCUGGGAUGUUCAUGUUCUACUGUGCCCACUGGCAAACAUACGUGUCAGGAACACUGCGGUUUGGCAUCAUUGAUGUGACUGAGGUGCAAAUCUUCAUAAUAAUCAUGUAUUUGCUGGCCGCCGUGGGAGGAUCUGCUUUUUGGCAGUCACUGAUUCCAAUCCUAAAUAUCCAGAUGAAAAUGGUCCCUGCCAUCUGCACAUUUUUAGGAGCCAUCUUCUCCUGCACCAAUUACUUCAGAGUUAUUUUUACGGGAGGUGUGGGAAAAAACGGAUCCACAAUAGCAGGAACCAGCGUCCUCUCUCCAGUCUUACAUAUUGGCUCAGUUAUAAUUUUGGCCAUGAUGAUAUACAAGAAGUCUGCUGUCCAGCUCUUCGAGAAACAUCCGUGUCUUUAUAUCCUGGCAUUUGGCUUUGUCUCAGCCAAAAUCACCAAUAAAUUAGUUGUAGCACAUAUGACAAAAAGUGAGAUGCAUCUUCACGAUUUAGCCUUCCUGGGACCAGGACUACUGUUCCUGGAUCAGUAUUUCAAUAGUUUUAUUGACGAGUACCUGGUGCUGUGGAUUGCGUUGAUCAUUUCCUUGUUUGACUUGGUGCGUUACUGUGUCAGUGUUUGCAACCAGAUUGCCUGCCAUCUUCACAUUUUUGUUUUCAAAAUCAAGCCUUGUUCAGUCCUCAGUUCAGCUCCUCACUGAGGACACGCCGGCCACGACUGACUCUGUCCCUUCCCCGUUAGUCGCACUCAUCUUUUCUUCCCUCUGUUUUCCACGUAGAGAUGCAGGGGAUGACGUGGUGUAAAGUAUGUGCUUCUGCCAACUGAAUGUGAGGACAAAUAAUAUAUAUUAAGAUACUGGAGUAUUACUGUCAAUGUUUCUUUUUCACCAGUGCAGAAUUGAAUUUGUACCAGUUUCAUCUUCUGACCCAGUAACAAUUAAUUCUCCUUCUGACAAACUCAUGGUUACACAGAGCAGAUAUUUCAGGAGAGUACAGGUGCUACUCGCUGUGUUCAAGGACAGAAACUUAAGUGUGUUUUAACUGUUCAUGUGCAAGAAAAUGUAAAGGAAAUGAAUCAAAGUCUUUGCUUUUCAUAAUUAUAAUUUUUGUAAUAUUUGCAUAACGUUACCUUUUUGCUAUUGUAAAUACCAAACUGUUACAGUGUCUGUGCUUCUCUUUUAAUUUAAAAAUCCUGCUUCGACACAUUUAUAAAACCUUCCUUCAUCUAUUUGAUUUUAAAGGAACGACGUCUCCUGCACAUUACAGGAAACUGUGCAACUGUCAGCGGUUUUGGAGGAAACUCAAUACUGACUUUAUUACAUUUCUUUUGACAUAUCUUAUAGAACAAACCUGCAAAAAUAUUUACUGCCAGUGUUUUUCAUUUGGUUUGUGAACUGUAACCACUUGGUCAAAGGUACACGUGGAGUUUCGGGCGGGGUUUUCCGUUUAUUUAUUAUCAUAUGUAAUAUUAUUUACUUAAGUAUUCAUUUCGGAGUCUGUGGUUUGGUUAACACUGCAGGGGGUGAGGCUUCCUCUAUACGUUAUUCUUGUUAUUGUAAAUAGAUAAAGACACACUGUGCGCACAUCUACGAAAAAUAUCUUAUGUUGAGAUCCACUUACCAGCGUUCAGAGCUGUGCAAAUGUGGAUGAAAGGUCCGACAGCUGGUAAGGGGACCUCUGAGGUCACAAACGAACUUUUCGUGUAUAGAUUCUUCUCACGUUUGAUAAGAACAAAGAUUAAGACAUUUUUUAAAUGGCUGCUUUGAAUCAGGACUCAUUUCAACUUAGUAUAACUGUGCUGCUGCUGUUACGUUACAGAUCACUCUGCUGUCACUCUGCCUUCUUUUUCCUCCUUUCAUUUUUCUCCGCCUGGUGUUACUGUUUUAUAUUUUCAUUAUUGUCAUCAAAUCCCAUGAAAAGGCCAAAACGAACAAUGCGUUGUUCCGUCUCUCUCUGUACCCUCUGAUUUCCUUACACUGUCUAUGGCUCUCAGCUCCAAGCCAACUGGUUCCUCCUGAAGACCUAAAUGUUUAAAAAUGCCUCACAGAUAUGUAGCUUCAUUUACAAAAAAAAAAAAAAAGGCUCAGUAAUUUCCUCUAACUGCUCGUCACUGUAGUUUAUA